GCACACUUUUUGUUCCUCCUUGAUUGUGCGCUCUGGCGUAAGUUUAAAAGUUGCUUCAUAACGUCAUCAUCGACUCUUUCGUUUCCUUCUAUUGUGCAUUUUUCAAGUCAACAAUCGGCAAAAAAAAAAGCUUUUGUCCGCAUUUCACGUCUCAGUCGUCCCCGUUCGAGCUGUCGGCGCCGGACGAUGCGCUCGACCGCGUGAAAAGGAGGAGGUGGUAAAAGUUAAGUCAUGAUGAUCGGAUGCGUGAGAAUCCGGCGCGGUAGAAAUGUGCAAAUUGGCAGGGUCAUCGUUUGCCGUGAUGCGCCGUGAGGCGGUGAAUGUCGUUUUCGGCUAAUUGCUCGUAUUUAAUUCAACGCUUUCAUUUCCUGUUCUAUGGUUAUCAUCACUCGUGCAUGUCUGUGGCGCAUUAAAGAAAAAAGCCAAAGAUAAUAAUCAUAAUCACAAUAAUAAUAACUAUUUAUUAAUAGUAGACGACAAAUCAUACAAAUAUCACCAAUAAAACUGUGAACAUUUUGAAAGUCAUACAAAACAUUAGACCCAAAAAUACUAAUGUAUUAAGACAACAAAUUAAGACAACAUUUUAGAAAAUACUACAAAAGAUGAGAAACAUUUACAAAAAUAUUAAGAGCAAAAUACAAAACUAUUGCAAUAAAGAUAUUAACUGUAAAAACAAAUACUUGAUGAUAAAUACAAAAAUAUUAGAAAAAGAAUACAAAAUAUUGGCCAAAAAUACUGAAAUAAUUAGAAAAAGAAUACUAAAAUAUUAGAAAAUAAUUUUAAAAAAUAGACACAAAUAUUGCAAAAAUGUUAAGAGGAAGGAAAGACAAAACUAUGCAAAUAUUUAUAUUAAUAUUUUAAUCCUGUGAGGAUUAAAGCGGUACAGAAAAUGGACGGAUGGAUGAAAAAGCAGAAAAAUAUCGCCCAAAGAAUCCAUCCUUCCAUUUUCCGUACUGCCUCUCCUCACGCGGGUCGCCCAUCCCAGCUACCUGCGCGCAAGAGGCGGGUCCACCGUGAACCGGUCGCCAGCCAAUCGCAGGGCACAUAGCAACGCACAACCAUUGGCGCUCACAUGCACACCUACGGACAAUUUAGAGUUGUCAAUUAACGUACCGCGCAUGUUUUGGGGAUGCGGGGGAAAAGCCACGCAGGCACGGGGAGAACACGCAAACUCCACACAGGCGGGGCCGGGGAUUCGAACCCCGGUCCCUUGAACUGUGAGGCAGAUGUGGUGACCAGUCGGCCAGCCAAAGAAUAUGAUGAAUUCAUACAAAAUAUUAGACAGAAAUUACAGAAAACAACAAAGUCUUAUUCUUAUUGUCGUUGAAAAAGUGAACUGACGUGUGGAGUUCAUCCCUCAGACGCUAACUGAGCCGCAGUCUCGCCAGAUUUGCCCUUUUUUGGCUUCACGGUAAAUGUCACGUCAAGGAGGUCAACCUAGCUCAGCUUAGCUUUUGCCGCAAAGGUAUUUCCUUAAUGGCCUUGUUGUUGUUCCCCUCGCGCCGGGCUCUCCGUGUCUCCCGGAACUCCUAAUUUUAGCCCGUUUCCCCCCCGCCGCCAUCACUUCCCGUUUGUCCGACGGGAACCGGCCGAGCGGCCGCGCACAAUGCUGCGGGGUUCCUGUUCUUCGCGGAGCGCCUGACGAGAAGGCCGUGCCGCCGUCCCGUCUGUUGAACGCCCGGCUGCGAGACGGCUGCUGUAGAAGAAGAAGAAGGAGACGACGAGGACGGCAGAAGUGGAAGAUGGAGAAGAAAUAGAAGAAAAGGAGGAGUAUACUUUCGGUACAUCAGAUGUGACUGCCGCUGAAUUGAGAUUUGAGUAGCAGAUCGGACACGCUGAUGAUGGGCUGCUGUCUCUUCGUUUACUACCGGAAGAAGAGGAAGCAGGCCAGCAGAGAUGCCGACUCGCUCAGCCUCUGCAGUCUGGACAUCAACGAACCCAGCGCCAAGCGCAGCAAAGCGCUGGUCUCCAGGGUAACGUCUCUGGCCAGCCUGCUGCCUCCCAUCAAGACGGCGCCGCUCAAAAGGUUCGGCCGGACGCUGCAGCGCUCCAUCAGCUUCCGAACAGAGCGAGCUCUUCCUCCGCCGCCGCCGCCGCCGCCUGCCGCUUCCUCCUCCUCCACGAAGACGCGAGCGAGCUCCGCGGCCAAGUCCGACUCUUCUUCUUCUUGCACCGCCGCUUCCGCCUCCGCCGCGUCCAGGGUUUCCACGGCGACCGGCCCGGCCGCCAAGCGUCGCGACAGCAAACUGUGGAGCGAAACCUUCGACGUCCACCUGGGGGCCGCGCACGCGCUCAGCCCCAAAGACAUCAAACGACAGGAGGCCAUUUUUGAACUAGCUCAGGGUGAGCAAGAUCUGGUGGAGGAUCUCAAAUUGGCGAAGAAGGCCUACCACGACCCCAUGCUGAAGCUGUCCAUCAUGACCGAGCAAGAACUCAACCAGAUCUUCGGUACCCUGGACUCCCUGAUUCCCCUGCAUGAAGACCUGCUAAGUCGCCUCCGCGAGGCCCGGAAACCGGACGGAUCCACGGACCACGUCGGCCAGAUCCUGACCGACUGGCUGCCGUGUCUGUCGUCCUACACGGCGUACUGCAGCAACCAGGUUUGGGCCAAGGCCUUGCUGGACCAGAAGAAGCAGGACCGGCGGGUGCAGGACUUCCUGCAGCGCUGCCAGCAGUCGCCCUUCAGCAGGAAGUUGGACUUGUGGAACUUCCUGGACAUCCCGCGCAGCCGGCUGGUCAAGUACCCGCUGCUGCUCAGGGAGAUCCUCAAGCACACGCCCGACCGCCACCGGGACCGCCCGCACUUGGACCAGGCGUGCAACGCAGGGCUUCUUAACCUGAUUUCGUGUACGGUGGCCCUCAGGGGACAAACAAAAGCCGCGGUUUACCCUAAAGUGCGCCCGGCGUUCUCCGCGCAGAUGCUGAUGGUCCAGAGCGUUGUGGCCGACAUCAACCGACGCACGGGCGAGUCCGAGUGUCAGUUCUACAAGGACCGGCUGCUCUACGCCGACGCGGGCCACAGGGACGCCCUCAUCCGACGCUCCAAGACGCUCAGCUGCCACGGCGAGCUCAAGAACAACAGAGGACUGAAGCUCCACGUGUUCCUGUUCCAGGACGUGCUGGUCAUCACCCGGUCCGUCUCGCUCAACGAGCAGCCCGUCAGCUACCAGCUGUGCCGGCGGCCGAUACCCGUCCGCCAGCUGGACCUGGAGGACCUAUCGGACGGCGAGAUGAGAGCGGGCGGGUCCAUCCGGGGAGCUUUCAGCAACAACGAGCGCACUAAGAACUUCUUCCGCGUAUCGCACCGGGUCUGGGACGGUCCGGCGCAGAGCCACUGCUUCCAGGCCAGCGACGCCUUCAACAAGCAGCAGUGGAUCAACUGCAUCCGCCAGGCCAAGGAGGCGGCAGAGGGAAACGGACCGUCUUCGGCGGAAGACGUCAUGACGGAGACGGAACCGGAACCGGAGACGGAGGACGACAAAAGGCUGCGGGAGGGAGGAGAGAACAGGACAGCGAGGAAAGCGGACACAGGAAGCGAGGCCGCCAUGGACACGGAGACGGAGCAGGUCGAGUUGGAGGACGACGUAGGGGAGAAACACGCUGAGGAGGAAAACGACGAGGCGUUCGACAUGGAUGCCAGUGAUGAGGAGAACAUACCAUGUUGAUCUUUGCACUUCACAAACUACCAGGAAUGUUUUGUAACCAUGGCGACCAGAGACAACAAUGACAAAGAGACAUUACACAAAACUGACUGCACUCCCUUUAAAAGCCAGAAAACCGGACAUCCCCCGCCUCCCACCCAUCUCGCUGUUUCGGAAUGCGAUGGGACAAAGUACACGCGGGAAUGUUCCACCUUCAGAUGUAGCUUCAGAUGCGUAAAAAGAGGUGGCAUGAAGCCUGUACGGAAGGGUAUUCCACAAUUAACGCCCAACGCUCACUUCUCUUCACUGGAUUCUUCAGGAUCAAUUCCAUAUUUUCUGUUUUAGCUCUGAUGCGGACGUUUUGCGAGGUUCCCGUGUGAAAGGGGCCAAUCAUCAAAACCUCAUCCGGGAUUUUCGCACUGUCUAUCACACUCACGGCGAUAACGUAUUUAUUAUUAUUCACGAAUCAUCUCACACGUGCGGCCUGCUGUGUUGUUAUGAUUAUGAUGAUGUGUUUACUGUUAAAAUUGUCACAAAGUCAAAUCGAACAUUGUUGCAUUUCAAAAUGCGACCAAAUGAAUGACAAUCCCAGGAAGACUGUACUGUGUAUUUCCGUAACUGCUGUUUUAUAUGUCUAUAUAUGUACAUGGAUGGAGGAAUAAAGCCGUUCAUAUCUGU